AAGGAAAACUGUUUAAAGCCACAUUUGAGUGUUUUGUAUAGAAAGUGCAACAGAGCUCGGAUCAAAGCAUGUCUGAGCCUUUGUGUGGUGGCUGAUACUGGCAAGUUGUUUUAACAGAGCUAUUAAAUCAAGAUGAGCAAGGAGUAUGUACAAAUGCUGCCUGAGGGAGCAGGUGAGGCAGUGGGUGUGAGAAGAGGGCUCUGGACACUCGAUUCUCCAUUGUGUAGCAGAAGAAUUUACAACCAGGACUUCUAAAUGUUGGAUUCUGAGUUCUGAAGCAUGCACUUUGUGGGUGACUAUACUACAAGAGUCAGGGUGGUGAUAAGCUGUGUCCUGCCUUGUGGAACAAGGUGCUGUCCCCAUGUCACUGCAGGCAGUGAGAAGCUGCUUUUCCCAGCAGAUGGAGGAGAUGCCCUGGUGCUGGACCCUUUGUAGUCACAGGCUCACUGAGCUUCCAGUAGAUGCUGAAAGGGAAGCGGGUGAUUGUCACUGGAGCAAGCACUGGAAUUGGAGAGGAGAUGGCGUAUCACCUGGCACGGAUGGGAUCCCACAUCCUGAUCACAGCACGGACAGAGUCCAAGCUACAGAAAGUUGUGGAGCGGUGCCGUGAGCUGGGAGCAGCAUCAGCACAGUACAUCAGCGGUACCAUGGAGGACAUGGCCUUCGCCGAGCACGUGGUGAAGGAGGCACAGACCUCACUGGGAGGCCUGGACAUGCUGAUUCUUAACCACGUCGGCACAUCAUACUUUGGUUAUUUCGAUGGAGAUGUUGGGCACAUCCGAAAGCUCCUGGAGAUCAACUUCCUCAGCUACGUGGCGAUGACCGUGUCAGCCCUGCCCAUGCUGAAGGAGAGUGAGGGCAGCAUCGUGGUGGUCUCAUCCAUGGCAGGUAAAGUUGGGUUUCCUUUUACGGUCCCCUACUCUGCAACUAAGUUUGCCUUGGAUGGAUUUUUCAGCUCCCUGAGGCAGGAAUUCCACAUUCAGAACAUUAAUGUUUCCAUCACUCUCUGCAUCCUUGGCUUCAUCGACACUGAACGCGCACUGCACGCCGCCGCGGACGUGCUGCUCGUGCCCGCGGCGCCUCGGGCCGAGUGCGCGCUGGAGAUCCUGAAGGGCGGCGCGCUCCGGUACCGGGAGCUCUAUUACCGGUACGGCUCGACCCGACUGCCGCUGCUGCUGCGCGACUGCGCCGCGGAGCUGCUGGAGAGCAUGGUGCGCAGCCGGUACCGCCUGGACCGCAUCGGAUCCGGCCAGCGCCGCCAGAGCCCCGCGGACGGAGCUGCGGGUUCGCCUCACCGGUAGCGCAGGUUCCCCGGUGCAACACCCUCCUCUGCCGGCGGACACCGGUCCUGCCUCCGUGCCGUGGGGCUGGAUGGGAUGGGGGGUCCCUUCCCGGCAUUCCCGGAGGAGGGAACAAGGGAACAAACUAGUUAUGGAAUAAAAGUCUCUAACCCAA